AUGGAGAAGACCCACCUGAUUCGGUGUUCAAAGGAGGAAAUGGAGAAGACCCACCUGAUUCGGUGUCUAGCGGAGGAAAUGGUGAUGACCCACCUGAUUCGGUGUCCAGCUCUAAAGACAACGCAGACCCACCUGAUUCGGUGUCCAGCUCUAAAGACAAGGACAUGGAGUCUGAUUGUGAAACCUACAGGAGGAAAUGGAGAAGACCCAUCUGAUUCUCUACAGGAGAAAAUGGAGAAGACCCACCUGAUUCGGUGUUCAUCAAGAGGAAAUGGAGAAGACCCACCUGAUUCGGUGUCCCACUCUAAAGACAAGGACGGAAAGCCAGAGAUACUGGGAAGCAACUAA